AAACCCUUUUAUAUUGUCUAUGUUAAAAUCUAUGUAGUCAAUGGUGCGAUGUUUGAAUGUCAUACCAAGAAUUGAAGAAUAAAUUUUCUUUGAAUAUUUUUGAGCUCAAUAAUAUCAGAAUGGCUGAAAACAGAGAAGAAAUUCUUGCAAAUUUUCAGGGAAUCACAAAUAUUGAAGAUGUUGCUGAAGCGAUAUACCAUUUAGAAGAAACAAAUUGGGAUCUACUUUCUGCCAUCAAUAGAGUAAUGCCACAAGACAACAGAGGCUCUGUGUCUCAGUCAAAUGAUACACAUGAUGUGGAGAUGAUAGAUGAUGAUAUAUCUGUGAUAACGCCAAAAACACACCCACCUGAUCGGGAAGAUAGUAAUCAAGCAUCAACCUCAUCACCUAGAAAUAAUUCCAUUGACCUCAUAGAGCUCCAAGUGCACUGUAACAAUAAAAUACACGAAAUCAAAAUGUCUGGUUCCGCAACAGUCAAUGAUCUAAAAAAGAGAUUAGAAAUGGUAUGUGGUGUGCCGGUAUGCAGACAACAGAUAUCAGGCCUGGGAGGGUCGAGGGCCACUUCCUCUGCAGCAUUAUCAAGUUUGGGUCUCGCUCGCAAUGCAGUGUUGCGGCUUAAGGCAGCUGAUAGACUAAUGGCAGAUGAUGAAGUAGCAGAGAGGUUAACAACAACAUACGUGCUCCGCGUUAAACACGACGAGAGAGAAUACACGCUAAAGUACCCCGGCACUAAAACUGUGCAGGAAGUCAAGAAUGAUCUGUACUCACUCACAGAUAUACCUGUUCGACUUCAAGUUUGGACAGGUUGGCCUACAGUGUCGGGUCUCGACGAUACGGUGCUAGCAAUGGUGGGCCUGGACCUGCCGCAACACGACUUGACAGUCAAACGAGCGCCUAGCAAACAGAGGGAGUACAAGAGGAUAAUAGUAGAAAGCUCAGACAGCGAAAACAGUUCUGUGGAAGAAAUUGAAGAUGCUGACAGCUUUCCCACAGAAGAAGACAUGUUUGUUGAUGUCCCAUCAGAGCGAUUACAACCACUCAUGUCUGACCACGUGGAGGACGAGGCGUUGGGCUGCAUAGAAUUCGCUCAGCGGUUCCGCGCGCGCUACGGGCCCAACACGCCCAACUUCUUCGAGGGGACCCUGCAGGACGCCAUCAAGGAGUCCUGUUUAAAACCUGCUAAAGAGAGGAAACUCCUGGGCGUGUAUCUCCACCAUGAGCAGUCGGUCCUGUCGAAUGUGUUCUGCGCUCAGCUGCUGGGCUGUGAGACAGUACUGCAGACACUUGCGGCCAACUUCAUACUGUACGGCUGGGAUCUGACGGACUCGCAUAACAACAACAUGUUAUUAUCAUCAAUAGCGAGCGCGCUGGGCCCGGUGGCCAGCAUGACGAUCCGCAGCAUCCCCGUGGAGCGGCUGCCCGCGCUCAUCAUCAUCAUGCGCGUGCGCUCCAACACCGAGAUAUACUCCGUCAUCAAUGGCAACGUCGGAGUGUCGGAGCUGGUGGGCGGGCUGGUGGAGGCGCUGGAGCGGUUCGCGUCGCAAAAGGAGGAGGACUCGCGCGUGGAGCGCGAGCGGGACGCGCGCCAGCGGGUCAAGCGCGAACAGGACGAGGCCUACCAGAUGAGCCUCGAGGCGGAUAGAGCAAAAGAAGAAGUGAAAAAGCAACAAGAAUUUGAAAGAAAUCAAGAAUUGGAGAGAGCAGAAUCUGAAAGACUAAUGGAAGAAGCCAAAAAAGAGGCGCUGCGAGCGGGCGCUGCGGCGCGCGUGCCGGACGAGCCGGCGGAGGGCGCCGAUGACGUGGCGCGCGUGCGUGUACGUCUCCCUCCCCCGCACGACGGCAGUCUCGAGAGGCGCUUCCACGCGCAGGACACGCUCGCUGUGUUAUUAGAUUACCUCGCAUCAAAAGGUUACCCAAAAGAAAACUACAAGGUCAUAGCUAGCUGGCCUAGAAGAGACCUCACAAUGGAAUCUCACAGCAGUACGCUGAAAGCGCUCAAGCUGUACCCACAGGAGACGGUGCUGCUCGAGGAGCGGUGAGCGAGCGCCAUGUACCAACACUCCGACCAUAAUAGUUUCACUAGCCAAAUUCAAUCGAAUCACACAUUUUUUUUAAACUACCCGCGUUUUUACUUUUGCAAAACUACCCUCAUUUUUACUUUCUCAUAACCCGCGUUUUUACUUUUACAAAAGUACCCGCAAGUAAGUAAAGUAUCUCUCACCUUUUCUACUAAAAUACGUGCUUUUUUAAAUUUUUUUUUCAAAAGUACCCUCUUUCUCAAAUGUAACCUAUCGUGAGUGUUAUUCAUAUUAAUUUAUUAUAAAACACGGUUAAAACUUACUUGAUUAAAAAGUCGGAGUAUGCCCGACUAGUUUCGGACCCAUAUGGGGCCCUUAGACAUGAGCUGGUUCUUGCAACGCUGCACGAUCCAAACUGAGACUCCAAAGUUAAAUCACGUGAGUUUUAGUGUGUCUUAAUAAAUUAAUGUAUUAUAUUGAAAAAAAAUCUUCAUUUUGUUUUCGAUACUGUUAAUUUAAAAAAACGUAUUAGAAAAAUUUACUUUUAUAAAAUAAAAGCUUUCUAGUAUGCACUUUUUUCAGCUACUACAUUGGUCUAAAGAUUUUGAUAUCAUGCGUUUAUUCUUUUCUAAGCGGACUUUUAAUAUUAUAGGUUUCAAGAAAAAAGGACAAAACUUACAACUACAAAAAAAAUUAUAAAAACACUUAGUUUAUAAAUCAUUUUAUUUUGCUAAUUUUACCUUAUGUGUAUUUUAAUAAGGGUUAUUUGUUAUGAAUUCGCUGUGAAACUGUUAUGGCUCCAUCGGUUAUAAGGUCCUAGGAUUCCAAACGCUGCGUUGAUGUAAACAUUACUACUGUACAUAGAUUGUUUCAAUAGAAUCUACACAUUAAUGUAAACAUUUAAUUUUGUAAUAUUUUCUUAUGGCAACUACUGAAUCAAAACAAAAAAAUAUUUUUAAUGGCUAUAAACACACCACAUAACUCAGUCCUUCACUACAUUCAUGGGGGCAUCUAUAAAUUACGUCAUACGAUAUGCUAGCAGAGGGAGAGGGGGGGAUGUGACGGUCUGUUACAAAGAAGGGGUUAAGACAUCUAGAAAAUCACAAAUGUGACGGGCUGUUACAAAGAAGGGGUUAAGACAUUUAGAAAAUCACAAAUGUGACGGGCUGUUACAAAGAAGGGGUUAAAACAUCUAGAAAAUCACAAACUUGACGAGCUGUUACAAAGAAGGGGUUAAGACAUCAAGAAAAUCACAAAUGUGACGGGCUGUUACAAAGAAGGGGUUAAGACUUCUAGGAAAUCACAAAUGUGACGAGCUGUUACAAAGAAGGGGUUAAGACUUCUAGAAAAUUGUGUGCGGUAAUUUAUGGAUCAUCCAUUGACCUCUCCUGCUCCCCUCUAUACUGCGCAGGUGAGGACCGACUCAGUUAUACGAAACGAAUGACUCAGAAAUAUCAGUUAUAUGAAACGAAUGACUCAGAGACAUCAGUUAUAUGAAACAUAUGAUUCAGAGACAUCUGUUAAAACGAAUGUUAAGACAUCAGCUACAUGAAACUGUUCAGCUAUAUGAAUGAUUCAGAGACAUGUUAACUUCUUGUUUACAUUGUAUGCAGCUUCUAUUCGAGACAAUCGUUGGCGGGUCAUUUUCUUUUGUGAACAAUUCCAAGUUGAAUUGUAUACCUCAAGAUUUUUUAUAAUGUUCGAUUGCGGCUAUAAUUAAAUAAUUCUUGAAUUAUUAUGUAUUAUUAUAUUUGUAUAAAUGGUACUGUAUGUGAAUUGGAGAUAAACGAUUUUAAUAAAUGAUGUACAAUAACUAAUACAUUAUACUUAAUUAUGGUGAUACACCUGAACCGUUUUGUUCUGAAUCACACGCCUGAAGAUCCUAAGAUGAGCCACAAGAGAUAGAGAGAGAUAACUUUGUCUACUUUUUUUUUAUUCUUUGUAAGUUAGCCCUUGACUACAGUAUCACCUGAUGUUAAGUAAUAAUACAAUCUAAGAUAAAAGUGGGGUAACUUAUUAGACGUAGGAUGACAAUCCACACCCAUUUCGGUUUCUACACGACAUAUAAUUUCUAUCGCUCUCUUUUCGUCCCAUCACAAAGAGAGAGAAUAAAUAUCGCGUAUUAUUCGUUUCAAUGAGAUGAAAGAGAGAGUGAAGUAGACAAAAUUAUCUUCCUCUUGGCGCGUAUUUCAGGCAUAUAGUAGGCCCAGCAUGGGUUAACGAGAUAAUCGUGACAAGAAAGUAUCGUCGAUUAAUAGCGGUAAAGAGAUACGCAGUGGCAUAAUUUCAUUGAUCUGUUGUUUUAGAAAGGUUUGUAACCAAAUGAAUCUGAUUUAUUUUUGAUUUAUUUAAUUUAUUAGGUAGAUUAUGCCUAAAGUCUAUAAGGGAAUAAAUCUAACCAUAUUGCCUAAAUUCAAACUAUCUUGUUUUGUCAUCAACAUCUCUAGCACAUUUGGAAACGCCAACGCAGAGUAUAUGCGUAUCUACAUUAUUUCUUACUAGAAGGAGAAGAAAUACUAGCACACAACAAUAAAACAUACAUGAUGAUAAAGGUAAACGUGGGAAACAUUUAGAGCAAUGUUGCUUGGCAACAUGUUUAGAUCAGUCCGAUGUCAUUUGUUUCGUCAAUUAUGUUUAUAAUCGCUCCAAUCGUCAAUAGUUUCUAUAUGGCCCAAUGCUACGAAAUUAAUACAAUGUUCAGACAGUUGGGAAAGUUUAGUAUUGGUAAUAUUGGUUGCUGUUUUGGUUUUGCAAAUGAAGUUUGGUGACAACUAAAUUGUUUAUGUAAAUGUCUUGCCUAGUUAAAAUUUUCUCCAUGUUCCUCUGUAUGGUGUAGCGUUACAUAGCAACUUUAAUGUUUUCAGGUACCUACCUAUUUCAGUAAACUGAUUUGUGACGUCAUAAAUUACUAAUGUUGUCUAAAUUUGAUUUAAAUUGCCCUUGUAAGCGCACUUAAGACUGUUGCUAUAGCAUUCGCGUAACCCUCCUUAUUCAAAACGGGCUUUAAUUUCUAGUACAGUAAAUUAACAGACAGACGUAAACUCUGAAUUUACAUUGACAUAGUAGAUACUCUUUAGCAUUGAAUUAUAUACAAGAUACGAUAGUGAAAUUAAAAACAGUAACCGCUUGCAAUGCGCUUAUAAAUGGGCUUGCAUUUUUAAAUGCUCAAUUUUUAGAUGCUCAAUUUUAGUUUUAUAUAUAAAAAUAGUAUCAAAAGCUUUUGGUAAAACUAAAAUCUUAACAUUGGUUUUCUCACUUUGACAUUUUCUUUGUUUGUCAUACUGUUUGCGGAACACUUGAAUUGAUUAUUAUAAAGCAUAAUAAAAGAGAAUAAUGUAUGAGAGAGUCUUCUAAAGAAUUUUGAUCUUUGUAAUUUUACACUGAAUCACAUGAUUGUAAAUGUGUGUUUAUAAAAAGUUAUGUAAUCAUAAUAAAUAAACAGACAUAUUGA